GCUGCCGCUUUCAUGAGCUAUUCCUGGAGAUUUGGAGAGGUUCUCUGCAAACUGGUUCAUUAUGUACAGAACGUCAGUAUGAUCUGUUCUGUGAUGACGCUUACCUGCAUAUCGUUAGAAAGGGUGGUGGCCGUGGUAUCUCCAUUGAAGGCUCGAACCGUCUGCACCAUGCGACACGCAAAGAUCGUGGUUGUGCUUGUAUGGAUACUCUCCACCAUUUGUGCUUUACCAAUCGUGUUCGGCAUGGUUCACCUAGAAGUAGGCUACAAGGUCAAGGCUCACUGGUGUAUCAAGCACUUCCCAGACCAGCGUCUGCACAUUCUCUAUGAGAUCUAUAUGCUGGUUCUGAUGUUCAUCAUUCCUGUUGUCGUCAUGGUUACAACCUACGUUAUCAUCUGCAUCCAGGUGUGGAAGUUCACAGACAUGAGAAUAAGUGAAAAUGUACAUAAGAGAGAUGGGAGACAAGUGAGCAUAUGUGUCAUAUAUGUGUACACAUAUACGCGAUUCCUGAUUGUCAUGCUGGUGGUGGUUGUCAUUCUGUUUGCCGUUUGCUGGGGUCCAAUUCUGAUCAACAACCUGCUAGUCGCCUAUGGUACCCUCCACAACUUGAACUACGGAUAUCUGAAGCCAAUGAGAGCUGCAUUCAGUCUGCUGUGCUACAUAAACAGCUGUGUCAAUCCCAUCGUCUACGCCUUCAUGUCCAAGAAUUUCCGCCAGUCGUUCAAAUUUGCCAUCUGCGCCUGUGUGAAAGGCAAGGCUUUUGUCAGGGCCUACAGAUUCAGCAUGUCUAUCACCAACAGUACCCGCGCUUCCACGCUCUCCAACGGCAGGGGAAGGCAUGAGGCCGCCCAGUACCGGUACGUGUCUCUGCCAGACGGCUUGUCUGUAAUUGCCUGUUUUACAUAUUUCUUAUUUCUAUCAGACACGCUAGAUACGCACGCAUAA